GCUUCAUCCUCUGUGUUUCUGCAUCGUUAUCAAUUCGUUCAGGUAGUGAAAAGUGGAUACUCAUAAUUCUUACUGAAAAGUUUAUAAUACCAUUUAGAAAGAGGAUUUAAAAAAUAUAUUUUUAUCUCGUUUUAAGUUUGCUUCAAUUACAAACCUCUUUUUUUCUCAGAAAUGUCUGAAUCUGAUUUGCUAUCUCAUGAACAAAUUGAUGGCCUUGAUGGUCUUGAAAAUGGACAAGAUGGUGAUGCGUUGAUGCAUAAUGAUAACAUAAGACGUGACUUCACUGAAGCCAACAUUGAUGAUCCAGAAUUAGAAGCUAUUAAAGCAAGAGUAAGGGAAAUGGAAGAAGAAGCUGAGAAAUUAAAACAACUACAAUCGGAAGUUGAUAAACAAAUGAACAUGGGUAGCCCUCCUGGAAUAACCAGUCCACUGAAUAUGUCGGUAGAGGACAAAAUGGAAGUAGAUAACAGAUCUAUCUACGUAGGAAAUGUGGAUUAUGGUGCAACUGCCGAAGAGCUAGAACAACACUUUCAUGGAUGUGGCAGUGUUAAUAGAGUAACGAUUUUGUGUAAUAAAUUUGAUGGUCAUCCUAAAGGUUUUGCCUAUAUUGAAUUCGCUGAUCGAGAUUCUGUACAAACAGCAAUGGCCAUGGAUGACUCCAUGUUUAGAGGACGUCAAAUAAAAGUAAUGCCCAAACGAACAAAUAGGCCUGGCAUGUCAAUGACUAAUAGGGGUCCUAGAGGAGUGCGUGGUUAUCGAGGAAUAACUCGUGCGCUUAGCCGUGGAAGUGCAUAUUUUGUAGGAUACAGGCCCACAAGACGACCUAGAAGUUACAGACGUGGAUAUUAUAUGCCCUACUGACCAUUUUAGACGAUUCUGCCGUCUGAUGCCAAGGUCAAAAUAACAUUGUGGCAGAUGUAAUAUAGGUGAAUGUAUUCUUUUCGCUCAGAAAUAGAUGGUCCGACAAGAUAUAUUAACCGUCUAAAGUGUUUUACAGAACAGUAGUUCGAAAAGUGUUACUACAUGUGUCAUUAAUUCUAAAAUGUAUCUGUAUCUUUCUUUUUUUUUACAAAGUAUUGUAUAAAAGAAUCUGUACUGCACUUGUUUUACAGAUGUCUUGAAACCAUUUUUAUAAUUAUACAUGUUUAAAUAUGUGGAUUUUCUUAUUUUUAAGAUACACAAUAAAAGUAUAUUAUAUUAAUGAAAUAAUACUAAGCAAAGUAUCGCAUACUGCGAUAUAAUUUCUCUAUUCAUACAAAAAGAGAUUGUGUAAUGCAAAUUCAUGAAAUAAGACAAAAAUAAAAACAAAUAAUCGUGUUGGA